AAUUAAAGAAGAGGGACGAAAUUUGAUCCGCGACAUGUUCGCCACCGAUAAACUUAGUCUCGAAACUAACCAGCUUGAACAACUAAUAAAUUCAUUUAAUGAAGCAAUCAAAGGAGGUCAGAGCACGGUCAAUUCUCAAAACCCAGGUUUUGAACAGAAGUUUAACAGAAAAUUCUGGAUGUUACUUGAGAUGCCCGCUACAUUGGCCACAGAGGAUGUUGUCUCGGUCAGAUCUGAUCCUACUCGAAAGUUCUCGAAGAG